UGUGUUUUCUUUCUUUAAUAUUAUAUUUACUUAAUAUUAUUAUUUUUACUGAGCUUGGUUUGUUUAUGUGGCUAGAAUAUUGUGUAAUGUGUGUGUUACAAUAUGCUAGUGGACAUGCCCAAGGGAUGAGAUAAUGUAGGGAUUGAAGGAGCCAUAAGGAAGAAAUACACGAAGAAGGGGGGCAGGGGGAAAAGGAAAGACGCCCUUUAAUACAUUGAUAGUGUCCUGCAACCAUAUGUUUGCCUUCUGCAGGAUUUGAACUAGUUGGUUCGCCCUGUAAAGCUUGUCAUCAUUUUUUUUGUCGAUUGUAGAUUUAUGCCAUUGAUAUUAUUCUAUUUCCAGGCCCUUCGUGAAAUUUUAGAUAGCCCGUUAAACCAAGCUGGCAUGGUUGGAGCUGUGUACGUGAAAACUGAUUCCGGUAUUAACUUUGAAGUCAAGCCCUGCGUUCGUGCUAAAGAUUCAGGAGAAGUACUUCUUCAAGUCCUUAAAAAACCAGCGGAGCAGCAUAUACCUGAAAAUGCUCAAAUAAUUGGGUUAUCUUAUAGUUCAGAAAAGGUGGUUGACAUAGAGGAUUAUCUUUCUGCUACUAAAGAUGAUUCAGACCUUGUUUUUGUGGUGGGUACAAUGGUCCAUGGUAAAGUUAGCAGGGACUCCACAACUGACUAUAUUUCAGGUAAUUUUUGUAACUAUACUGAUAUUGGUACUGCUAAUACUAUUCUUGGCAUGUACCAAGUAAGUACCUGAUACGAUAGCACGAAG